CAGUUCGUAUUUAACUUUCGUCGUGAAUGCAACGUUUGUAAGAGGCAGCGAAAGCAAAAACCAGAAACAACAACAACAAAUCGACAAACCGACACACACAACAACAACAACAAUAACAAUAAUAACAACAACAACGAAAACAUUUUCAAAAAACGCCAAAACAUCGUCGCGUGUGCGUGUCUGUGUGUGUGUGUGAGUGCGAGAGUGUAUUUGUGAGUGAAUGAAAAGCAAACGCAAGAAGAAAAUUCAAAAUAAAAACAGAGCGUAAGAAAAAACGAAACAACAACAAAAACAACAAGAGUGCAACAACAUGUGUUGCAUGCGGUGAACAACAACAACAAAAUAAACAACAAACUGUGACAACAACAAAAAUCUAUUUCUAUAUGCGUUAACAACACACAAUUUCUCUCUCUAAAGAAAAAGCAAACCAACAACAAUCUUUAUGAUGUGUUAAACAACAAUAUAAGCCAGACGAUCAUAAAAAAACAGAAAACUGAACACUGAACAGAAGUAAUUGCAAAAACGUAGAGCAAAAAAAAUGGAUAUGACAAAGGACAUCAUGGACUUUGAACAGAAGCUCGACAGCGAGCAAUACGAGCCAAAUGAUUACACAAUGGUCAACAUAGACAUACCAAAGCAGCCAGAGCCGCAAACAGAAAUGGCCUACGAAACGGCCAAGACAGAGGAGCGAGAGUUGGAAGAGACAACCACAACCACAACAACUCCAACAGCAAACACAGAGCAACCAGCAGAAGCUGGCGAAGAUCAGCAAGAGGAGGAGCAGCAACCACAAGAGUUGAAGCUGAAGCUGAAGUUGGAACAGAAAUUGUCACCGAUAGUGAAGGAGGAGGCAAUCACAACAGAAGAGAAACCAAAUCGAAUGAGAACUGUGCUCAAUGAGCAGCCACUGACGCCACCGCCACGUCCUCUCACCUCCAGCGAGGUCGUAGGUCACACCGACUCCGAUGAUCCCGAGUUGCGAGUCCAACUCACAGCGAAGAAAUCCCGCUCUCUGCCUGUGUCCCCGCAGCCUUUGGUCUCGCACAAUCUGUCGGCCAUUGGACUCUUUGAGUUCGGACAACACAACAACAAUAACAACAACAACAAAAAGUUGACAACAAUUAGAUCAACUGAGAAGCCAAAGCUUGGCCAGAAAUUGUUUGCAGCUCCAACACAACGCAAAUCCUCGCCAGUUGGUGGAGAUAAUCAACAGUUUUGUCUGCGCUGGAACAAUUAUCAAUCGAAUCUGACGAAUGUGUUCGAUGAACUGCUGCAGAAUGAAUCCUUUGUGGAUGUGACGCUCGCCUGCGAAGGACACUCGAUCAAGGCACACAAAAUGGUUUUAUCCGCUUGCUCUCCCUACUUUCAAGCACUGUUCUACGAUAAUCCCUGCCAGCAUCCGAUUAUCAUCAUGCGCGACGUCAACUGGAGUGAUCUAAAAGCUCUCGUCGAGUUCAUGUAUAAAGGCGAGAUUAAUGUGUGCCAGGAUCAAAUUAAUCCGUUGUUAAAAGUCGCUGAAACUCUAAAGAUACGCGGCUUGGCUGAAGUGAGCGCAGGUUCGAGUUCUGGGAACAAUGCUGGGAUUGGAGGAACUUCGUUGCUGCCCGAGCAAAGGAUGACUGUCUACGAUGAGGACGAUGAUGAGGAACUCGCUGCCGCAGCUGCGAUUAUCAGAGAUGAGGAGGAUGACGAUGAGCAGAAGCCAAAGCGAGCUCGCUUGUUGGCCAAACUCCAAGCUGAAUCCGCUCUCGAUCUUAAUCAGCGUCAGCGCAAACGUUCCCGCGAUGGCAGCUAUGCCACGCCCAGUCCGCUGCCCUUGCCCCUGCCCCUGCGCUCGGAGUCGCCGCAGCAGCAACGUGCUGGAGUCACUCCUCAACCCUUGGCCAUGACCACAUCGACCAUUGUGCGCAAUCCGUUUGCCUCGCCCAAUCCACAAUCGCUGCAGUCGCAUCUCUCCGGCAGCUCUUCGUCCGCCUCGAGCAGCUCCGGUGGUGGCUCCUCCACAGUUGGCGGUGCCAGCGGCAACUCGGCUGCCUCCUGCAUUAGCUCCGGCUCCGCUGCCGCUGCUGUGUCGAAUGCUUCGGCCGCUUCGGCUGCAGCUGUUGGCAGCUAUCGUCCCAGCGCACGCAGCUGCUCCCCGCCUCCGCCGCCCUCGGCCCACAGCAAUGGCUCCGCCGCUGCCGGAGCCCUCUCCUCGCCCACUGGCAAUCCUUCGGCCUCGUCUAAUGCGCAGUCGCAACUGCCUCCGCACAUGGCCGCCGCUGUGGCCGCUGCUGCCCAUCAUGCCUCCGCCUCAGCUGUGGCGCCUCCGCCGCCUUCGUCGGCCUCUUCGAUGCAUCAUCAUGCUGCAGCUGCCGCAGCUCAGCAGCUGGCUGCUCAGCAUCAGCUGGCGCAUUCCCAUGCAGCCAUGGCCAGCGCCUUGGCUGCCGCUGGCGUCGGUGGAGCUGCUGCUCCUGGCAAUGCGGCUGCUGCUGGAGGAGCUGUAGGCAAUGCUGCAUCCUCGGUGGGUGCUCAUCAUGAUGACAUGGAAAUCAAACCGGAAAUUGCUGAGAUGAUACGUGAAGAAGAGCGGGCCAAAAUGAUUGAGACCGGCGGACAUGGCUGGAUGGGUGCUCCUGCAACAGGCACAUCUGUGGCGGCAGACAGCUACCAAUACCAAUUGCAGUCGAUGUGGCAAAAAUGCUGGAACACUAACCAACAGAAUCUGGUGCAACAGCUGCGCUUUCGUGAACGCGGUCCCCUCAAGUCUUGGCGCCCCGAAGCCAUGGCCGAGGCCAUCUUCAGUGUGUUGAAAGAAGGACUUUCGCUGUCGCAGGCUGCUCGCAAAUAUGACAUCCCGUAUCCGACAUUCGUGCUCUAUGCCAAUCGUGUGCACAACAUGCUGGGACCCUCACUUGAUGGCGGCACUGAUCCCCGACCCAAGGCACGUGGCCGACCGCAGCGCAUCCUGCUCGGCAUGUGGCCAGAGGAACUCAUUCGCAGCGUCAUUAAGGCUGUGGUGUUCCGUGACUAUCGCGAGAUCAAGGAGGACAUGGGUGCGCAUCAGUAUGCCAACGGACAAGCGCAUGGUGCACACUUUGGAUCUGGCAACUCGUCAGCAGCUGCCAAUGGCUACCACAACGCGGCGGUUAAGAUGGCCGCCCAGAACGCGGCGCUUGCACCGCCCGACAGCAGCAAUCCACUGAGCACCAUGACCGAGACCCUGCGUCGUCAGAUCCUCUCGCAGCAGCAGCCGCAGCAGUCGCCGCACGUGCAGUCGAUGAACAUGUACAAAUCGCCAGCGUACUUGCAACGCUCGGAGAUUGAGGAUCAGGUGUCGGCUGCCGCAGCGGUGGCAGCGGCCAAGCAUCAGCAGAACGAGCGACGUGGCACCGAGAAUUUGCCCGACUUGAGCGCUCUGGGACUGAUGGGAUUGCCCGGCCUCAAUGUGAUGCCCUCGCAGCAGGCGCCGCAUCAACGCGGAGCAGGCGGCGGCGGUGGCGGCGGAGGCAGCGGCGGACCAGGUGCUGCCAUGCAUCCCAGUGCUGCGAGCUAUGCGCGAGAAUUAUCCCGAGAACGCGAACGUGAGCGUGAGAUGUCCAGGGAUCGAGAACUAAAGGAGGCGAUGCAUGCCCGACAAUAUGGCAAUCAGUCGCGUGGCUCCAACUCCUCGGCAGGCAGCAAAUCGGCGUCGGGACACGGUGCAUCAUCGAGUCGACCGGGCGCCGCAUCGCCGUAUUCCACGCACUACGCCAAGCAUCAGAGCAAGGAGCAACAACAGCAUCCGAACUAUGCGUACAACAAGCGUUUCCUGGAGAGUCUGCCCGCGGGCAUUGACUUCGAGGCUAUUGCCAAUGGGCUACUCCAAAAGUCGGUGAACAAAAGUCCGCGCUUCGAGGACUUCUUCCCCGGCCAGGACAUGAGUGAACUCUUCGCCACCGCCGACGCCAACGCCGGAGCCGCAGCGGCGGCAGCUGCAGCAGCCGCGGCUUAUGCGCCGUCGCAGGUGCGAGAAUCGCCGCUGAUGAAGAUCAAGCUGGAGCAGCAGCAGGCCACCGAGCUGCCGCAUGAGGAUUGAGUGCGUCGCGGGGUUGGCUCUUUUGAAGAGGCCAACGGCGUAGGAGGCGUAGGAGGUGGAGGAGGAGGAGACACACCACAUCAUUUGGACUGCUAUUUUAACCCCAACGUUUAGUGUUUAGCCUGCUAAGUGCUUAGUUUUCACACAACAAAAAAAAAAAGAGUUGCUAACUGGUUUUUUAUAUGCUUAGUUAUUAUUAUUAUUAGUGUUUAGUGUUUAGGCUUUAGGUUAUAACGGUACGAGUAUUAAACGUUCCCCCUUCCCCCCGUCACAACACACACACACAUGCACUUCGGAACUUUCCUGUAAGGAUAAGAUCUCGCCUAUAUAUUAUUUAUUUUGAAUGCAUUUGUUUUUCUUACGCGCCUUAUUCUUUGCCAAUAUCGAGAGAAAGCAACAAAAAUAUGAGAUAAAAAAAAACAACAUGAAAUAUGAAAUUUAAUAUUAAUAAUAAAGGAUAAUAUUAAAUAAUAAAGAAUGGAAAAACAAUAUAUAGUUACAACUAGAGACUUGUGCAUUUCUUAAAUGUAGUUUACUUUAGCUAAGCACACACAACAAUACACACCACACAAACACAAACACAUUACUAUUCAUAUUCAUAUUACGCAUACGCAGUGUUGUCUUUAAAAUGGUAAGCAAUUAUUAUAUAAAUAUAAUACAUUAAUUACACUACUUUAUAUGUAUACAUACGAUAUAUUAUUAUAAUCGAUAAACAUGCCUAUAUAAAUUACGAUGUAUGUCAAGUAAUUGUAUUUCCAAAUGUAAUUGUAAAUAAUGUACAAAUUUCCAUAGCCGUAGGACAACAUUCACAUAAUAUUAGUUAACACACAUACACACACACACUCACUCGCUCAUCGUAUCCAUGGGUCGCACAUCUUCUAUUCUAUUGUAAUAUUCGUGAAUAAAUGAAAUGUACGAGUAAAUAAUGCAUCUAAUAUUACUUAUAGCGUACAUAUUUACAGCUAAUUUCAUGUAUGUCUAAACACACACAAACACACACUGUCCCAGUGCAGCACACACACACACUCACCCAUGCAUUAAACAUACACACACACCUACAAUAUUUAAGUGCAUAUACAUAUAAAUUGUAUGUUCUUUAUCAUUAUUAUUUUAGUUAAAACUAAAUUAUAUGAAAACUGAAACAGAAUAAAAGUGAAGAAGUAAAUGUAAA